CACUAACGAGCAAGCACACACACUCUCAGUCCCUGCGCAGUCCUGACAUCUCCGUUUACUGUCAAUCUGUGUCUCUUUACCAGGGAAUUCCCUUUCAAAUAGAAGAACGCUGCUGGAAAACUAUAGAUUUGGAGAAGAACUAUUGGAGAUCUGUUGUUUUGUACGCCGUUUCACUACUUCUCUUGGAAGGGCUCAGGCGGUGGAGCAGAAUGCCUCAAAAAGAAUACCAUAACCAACCCACGUGGGAAUCUGGAGUGGCCUCCAUGAUGCAAAACAGUCACAGUGGCGUCAACCAGCUCGGCGGGGUCUUUGUGAACGGCAGACCGUUACCAGACUCAACCAGACAGAAGAUCGUUGAACUCGCUCACAGUGGAGCGCGACCUUGCGAUAUCUCCAGGAUUUUGCAGACCCAUGCUGAUGCAAAAGUCCAACUGGACAAUAAGAACGUGUCAAACGGCUGUGUGAGCAAGAUCCUGGGGAGAUAUUAUGAGACCGGCUCCAUCCGACCACGUGCAAUUGGAGGCAGCAAACCGAGGGUAGCGACGCCUGAAGUGGUCGGCAAAAUAGCACAGUACAAGAGGGAGUGCCCCUCUAUCUUUGCCUGGGAAAUUCGUGACAGGCUACUGUCAGAGGGGGUGUGCAACAACGAUAACAUACCGAGUGUGUCGUCGAUAAAUCGAGUCCUGCGCAACCUGGCUAGUGAUAAGCAACAGAUGGGUGCAGAUGGCAUGUACGACAAGCUGAGAAUGCUUAACGGGCAGACAUGCACGUGGGGGACACGCCCGGGAUGGUACCCUGGUACGUCUGUGCCAGGGCAACCAAAUCAAGAUGGUUGCCAGCAACCGGACAAUGGUGGCGAGAACACUAACUCCAUUAGCUCAAAUGGUGAGGACUCAGAUGAGACUCAAAUGCGUCUACAGUUAAAAAGAAAACUGCAAAGAAACAGAACGUCGUUCACUCAGGAGCAGAUUGAGGCUCUGGAAAAAGAGUUUGAAAGAACCCACUAUCCUGACGUUUUUGCAAGAGAAAGACUUGCGGCAAAAAUUGACCUCCCAGAAGCAAGAAUACAGGUAUGGUUCUCAAACAGAAGAGCAAAAUGGAGGAGAGAAGAGAAGCUGAGGAACCAGCGACGACAAGCCAGCAACUCCUCCAGUCAUAUUCCCAUCAGCAGCAGUUUUAACACAAGCGUCUACCAGGCUAUCCCACAGCCCACCACUCCUGUGUCCUUCACAACAGGGUCAAUGCUAGGCAGGUCGGAUGCUGCCCUGACCAACAUGUACACUGGUCUUCCUCCCAUGCCCAGCUUCACAAUGGCCAACAACCUGCCUAUGCAACCAAGCCAGACUUCUUCCUAUUCCUGCAUGCUGCCCACCAGUCCGUCAGUGAAUGGGCGGAGCUACGACACAUACACCCCCCCUCAUAUGCAAGCACACAUGAACAGCCAAUCAAUGGCAACUUCUGGUACCACCUCAACAGGACUCAUCUCCCCUGGAGUAUCUGUCCCUGUCCAAGUUCCCGGAACUGAGCCAGACAUGUCUCAGUAUUGGUCAAGAUUACAGUAAAGAAAAGAGUUACUUGGCACUAUGACUUUCACACAGAGAAACUGGAAUUCUGCGGCAGUAUUCGGCACACACACACACAUACAUAUGCACACACAAAAAAAUAAGAGGCGAUGACGAGGAGGCAUUGGGUUUCUCUUCACACCGAAUCAUCCUGAAAACCCACGGCACUACCUUUAAGAAGGAAAAUGGACGCUAAACAAAAGUGACAACAGAUCCUUGCUAAGUGGCCGUAUUUAGACAGAGAGAGAACAAAAACAACAAACCUCUGCUACAUAAACAUUUUUAAAUUUCCGUUUUUGUUGUAUUUGUACAUUGACAUUUAUAUGUAGAGGCAAUGAGAGAAAUGACACAGCCAAAAACAUGUUGAUCUUGCAUCCAUUUGAAAUGGAAGAACACAAGUCAAUAUAUUUCAACUGUUUUCUACUGAGUUUAUAUCAGGAUUACGCAUCUGACAUCACAAAGGCCCAUAUCACAGAAACAUACCAAGAGGAGAACACAUAUUCGUUUGCCCACUUUACUGGCUGAGUUAAGGAUGAGGCUCAAAUCAACUUCCCCACAAAGGCUAUAGUUGAUGACUGUGGUCAACAUGCACGAUAUUGUAUUUACAAAGGAACAACAGCCAUUAUGUGAAUUAACUGAGUACUUCAUAGUUAUGUACGUGAGGGUUGGGACCAAAACCUUUGCCGGGUAGACUGAUUCUGAGGCUGUUUUGUGUUUGAUAAUUUAUAAUUGUAAACAAAUGGAAAGAAGUUCAGUUACAUUAUGGUAAACUUUGGCAUCAAAACGACAUUCAUACAGUUUGUUACUGUCUAAUUGUAAGUAUUUGUUUUCUCUAAAAAUCUCCCAGAAUAAUUGCGGAACAUAAAUAUAUUCUCAUUUUUAUCGCCCCAACAUAAAUCUAUAAAUGUUUUAUACAGAUUCUAAUGCAUUGUAAAAAAAAAGUAAACACAUUUCUUUAGAUCAGGUACAAGUUGUCUAUUAGGUAGAGUUGUAUUAUAGUGUCCUACAGUCAAAUCAUUUUGUGAGACUAGAAAUAUUUAAUUCCAAUAAUUGAUUAAAAAUGAUUGACAGAGUUUAAAAAACGUAAGUGUUUGGCAGUUGUUUACAAGUACAUAUCAGACUUUAACCAUUGUUGAUUGUAAAAACAGACCAAAGCCUUUGUAUUUUCAUCUAUUACACAACAAUUUUCUCUUUUUUUUAUUGACAGUCUUGUGUUGCAACAUUUUGUAAAAACAAUGUUUUACAUUCUAGUACACUGGCUUCGAGUAUAUUUGACUGCGGCAUAAUCACGUAGUCCUUUAUUUAUGAUCGACAACCAACUGUGGUUUUAAAAACACGUUGACAUCUCUUGAAUUCUGUGUUUUGUUGUGUACCUGAAACAUGAACACUUGUAAUGGUUUGUGUGUCCGAGCAAUGCUUUGGACUACAAAAGGUCUACCCUGUCUUGCAGAUAUUUCAAUUUAAUUUUAUUUAAAUGCUUUCUAAAUGUAUUUUGUGAAAACUAUUAAAAAAAACCCAUUUU